AUGGAAAAUCUACAAGAAGAAAACAUGUCAACAUAUUCCAUUAAUCAGAAAAAAAGAAAUAGAAUAUUAAUCAGAAAAUUUAAAAGAGAAAUAACCUGGAUGAAGGAAUUAUUAUCGGAUGCUUAUGAAGAUGCCGCUACUUAUUUGGAAGAGUUAAGAGAUCAAUUCAAAGCAGUAGCAGAAGUAUAUGAUAACAUUGAAUUAGAAGACAAUGAAUUUGAUUUAGAAAGUGAAUACUUUGGAUUACAAAAGAGUUUUAGAAUAACCCGGAGCAGAUUGAAAAAAGAAAUAAAUGAAAGUUUGAAGAUGACAGAGAUCCACUGUGAACCAAAUUCUGUAAAUGGCAAUUAUUCAGUAUUCGAUCCAACUAAUAUUAUCAUGGACUAUCGAUCAGAACGUUCUUCAAGGUCCACAAGUAAUGAUGUACUUGCUGUAAGUCGAUUAAACUCUAAUCAUCAGAAUCCAACAAUAUCCAGUUCCGAUCAACCUGAUAUUAUGGAUAAUUCAUUGGAACGUCAAGCAAUUAAACGUAAAAUACAAGAUACCGAUUUCGAAGAAGAAACAAUGAAUACUGCAUCUUCACUAGAUGUCAUAGAAAAUGAUCACUGUUAUGCCAAAAGAAGUAGAUCUAACAACAUGAUUAUGAAAACUUACUAUCAUUAUGAUAUCUUUAAUAAAAUUAGUGCUUAUAAAAAUUUGCACCAAUUUAAUCGUUCACCCUUACCAUCUGAUGAUUCGUGGAUGGAGUCAGAUGCUAAAGAAGAGAAUGAGUCAAUAGAUUCAUGCAGUCUAUCAGAAUCUUCAUCACAAGAACUACCAGAAGACUCAUCAGAUGGCGAAAAAUCUUUUGAUGAUAUUGAAUUGUCUUCACAUCGUAUGCAGCAAUAUGAAGACACAGAAUCGAAAGAAUUACCAGUAGACUCAGCAGAUGACAAAAAAUCUUUUGAUGAUAUUGAAUUGUCUUCACAUCAUAUGCAGCAAGAUGAAGUCGAGAAUGAACCGAGAGAUUCAUGUUUGCUACCAGAAUUAGCAGUAGACUCUCCAAGAGACUCUACAGUAGAAUCUUCAGUAGACUUUUCAGAAACCGAAACAUCUUUAGAUGAUGAUAGUGAGUUGUCUUCAGAAUUUAGUAGUAUAAGCAGUAGUACUAGUAUUAGUAGUACUAGUAGCAGUAAUAAUAAUAGCAGUAGUAGUAGUACUACUAGCAGUGGAAGUAGUAGCUGUAAUAGCAAUAGUUGUAAUUAUAAUAGUGUCAGUAGUAGCAAUAGUCGUAGCAGUAGUAAUAGCAGUAGUAGCCGUAGCAACAAUAGUUGUAGUAGCAGUAGUAGCAAUAUUCGUAGUAGUACUAGUAGCAGUAGUAGAAUAAGUAGUAGUAGUAGUGAAAUAAAUAGUAGUAGUAGUAGUAUAAAUAGUAGUGCUUAG